UACAACUCAAAGCAUGGUGACAGUCAGCUGUGAUGUUGUUGCCACAAAUCAGCUGAAGUAUGCAGUAACCCUAGCAACAAACUACAAAAAUCAUGGCAACUAAAAGUUUAUUAAAAUUGAAUUCUUUAAGCCACCUGAGGUGGUCCUCGACGUCCACCUUUCCAAAAAUCACGACACACUACACAAUUCAUCCGCGCGAAACGGACGAAAGAUGGAAAGAUGUAAAGAUGGAGCGGUUCGAAGACGCAACCGAUGUACUAAUCAUUGGGGGAGGGCCUGCCGGCAUGUCGGCCGCAAUCAGGGCAAAACAACUGGCGGCGGCCAGCGGGCAGGAAAUUCGUGUUUGCGUAGUCGAGAAAGCUUCCGAGGUUGGUGGUCACACGCUGUCGGGAGCGUGCAUCGAACCGAUAUCGUUGAACGAACUAAUACCAGAUUGGAAAGAGAAAGGAGCUCCUUUGAAUACGCCGGUAACGGAGGACAAAUUCGGAUUGUUAACUAAAUCUGGACGGAUUCCAAUUCCAAUUUUGCCUGGUAUGACGCUAAGAAACCAUGGUAACUACGUGGUGCGACUGGGCCACUUUGUCAAGUGGUUAGGCGAGCAAGCCGAAGAGCUGGGCGUCGAGAUAUAUCCGGGAUACGCGGCGUCUGAGAUUCUGUUUCACAAGGAUGGCAGCGUAAAAGGCGUCGCGACUAACGACGUGGGAAUCGCAAAAGACGGCGCUCCCAAAGACAACUUCGAGCGCGGAAUGGAGUUGCACGCGAAGUGUACGAUUUUCGCCGAAGGUUGCCACGGUCAUUUAAGCAAGCAAAUAAUUCAGAGGUUCAAUUUGCGUAGCGACAGCGAGCCGCAAACUUACGGACUGGGAUUAAAGGAGUUAUGGGAAAUUGAUCCGGGACAACACAAACCUGGGCGAGUGGAACAUACGGUGGGAUGGCCGCUGGAUACGCGCACUUACGGUGGUUCAUUUUUGUAUCACUUAAACGAAUCGACCCCACUUAUAGCGGUCGGCUUUGUGGUAGGCUUAGAUUAUACUAAUCCAUACAUCAGUCCAUUUAAGGAGUUCCAAAGAUUUAAGUUGCAUCCCUCUGUUAAACAUUAUUUUGAAGGUGGAACUAGAAUCGGUUACGGAGCGAGAGCAAUUGUCGAGGGAGGUAUUCAGAGUUUGCCCAAAUUAACCUUCCCAGGGGGGUGUUUGGUAGGGUGCUCGGCCGGCUUCCUCAACGUUCCGAAAAUAAAGGGCACUCAUAAUGCCAUGAAAAGUGGAAUGUUGGCGGCCGAAGCGACCCUAGAGGCGAUUAACGGCGAAAAACAAAGUACGGAAGGGUAUGAACCCAAAAGCUACACUGACAAAAUUAAAAACAGCUUUGUCUGGAAAGAACUGCACGCGAUUAGAAAUUGCCGUCCGAGUUUUCAUAAAGGACUAUACGGUGGUAUACUGUACAGCGGCUUCUCCAUGAUGAUCGGCGGGCGCGAGCCUUGGACAUUCAAACACGGAGGUCGAGAUUGCGAUAGCUUAAAACCAGCAGCUGAAUGUAAACCAAUCGAUUAUCCUAAACCGGACGGAAAAAUUACCUUCGACAUCCUCACAUCGGUAUCCCUAACCGGUACAAAUCACGAGGACAAUCAACCAGCUCAUUUAACACUUAAAGAUGAUAGCGUACCUGUUAAAGUAAAUUUGGAUAAGUACGACGGUCCGGAAGGAAGGUUUUGCCCUGCAGGCGUUUACGAAUUUGUUCCUUUAGAAUCUGGAGAUGGGCAAAGAUUGCAAAUAAACGCUCAAAACUGCAUUCAUUGUAAGACUUGCGAUAUUAAAGAUCCGACGCAGAAUAUUAACUGGGUUACACCAGAAGGUGGCGGCGGUCCGGCUUACAAUGGAAUGUAAUAAUGCAAUUUUUAUAAACUAUUUGUACAUUUCUUAUAAUUGAUGUCUUUUACAUUAUUAAAUGAUUUUAUUAUUC